AGGAAACGAGAGACUAGUCUACCGGGAAAAAAAGAAAAGAAAAAACGAGAGACUGUUUAUAUUGAAGUGAUUAAAUGGCGGAAUUCUUUACAUCCCAACACAACAUUUUAUCAUCAUUCAACCUUACUCCCGAGACAAUAUGAGGAGAGAUGUUUGGGUCUUCCUCUUCCUCAGCUUCCUCUCUUUCUUCAUCUCACGCCAUUCAAUAAUAAUAGCUGUUGCUGUUGCUGUUCGCACAAGCAAUACAUCAUCCCCUUAUUUGUCCCAACGCCCGAACCAUGCCAGUGAGUGCGACGCCCUGCUCCAGUUCAGUCAAUCAUUUACCAUCUCAAGUGAUGCCUCUGCAAGUUACUGUGACAAUCUCCCUUCGGCCAACACUUCAUAUCCGAAGACAGCCUCAUGGAAGAACGGCACCAAUUGCUGCUCCUGGGAUGGGGUCACAUGCCACACGUCAACAGAUUACGUGAUCGGCCUCGACCUCAGUUGCAGUUGGCUUCAGGGAACCCUCCAUUCCAACAACACUCUCUUCUCGCUCCGGAAUCUUCAGCGGCUGAAUCUCGCUGGUAACGAUUUCUCUGGCUCACAAAUUUCAUCGAGGUUUGGUAUAAUUACAGGAUUGGCACAUCUCAAUCUCUCUCAUUCUUCCUUCUCGGGGACCAUUCCUGUGGAGAUGAUAUCUCAUCACCUUUCCAGUCUAAUUUCACUCGAUCUGGCUGGUAACUACGACCUAACAAUAGAAGAGGAUCGUAGUUUCAGGAGGUUUGUUAGUAAUCUCACUCAGCUGAGAGAACUUGCUCUAGAUAGUGUAGACAUGUCUAGUGUUUCUCUUACCUCCUUCACCAAUCUCUCUUCCACUCUGAGUUCUUUGAGUCUUGGUGUCUGCUUUCUGCAAGGGACAUUCCCAAUUAACAUCUUCCAUCUCCCAAACCUCCGCAUUCUCUCUCUUUCUGAUAAUUCCGAUCUCACGGGCACUCUCCCCCAAACAAAUUGGAGCAGCCCACUCAUCCGCUUGAGAAUAUCAUAUACAAAGUUCCACGGACCAAUUCCUGAUUCAGUGGGGAACCUCACAUCCAUGGAAUAUUUGGAACUCCUAGACAGCGAAUUUACUGGGUUGAUACCACCAACACUUGGAAACCUUGGCCGCCUCUCUUCCUUGUCCCUCAGUGGUUUUAACCUCAGUCGUAUUGUCGUAGACUUUGAAAUGUUUGCAAAGCUAAAGAAUCUUGAGCACCUUUCGCUUUCGAGGAACCUUAUUGUAAUGAUUCCGAACAGUGGGAACUGCUCCUUCCCGCUGCUCAAAGAGUUGACCCUCCUUGGCGUCAACUUGACCAGUACAUUCCCAUAUUUCUUGAGAUCUUCACCUGAGCUGGAAGUGUUGGACAUUUCCGGAAACAUGAUUAGUGGUCCAAUUCCUGAAUGGUUUGGGAGAGUUCGAAGUAACACGCUGAUACGCUUGGAUUUGUCCUCUAAUAAUUUCACCGGAGAGAUCCCAUCUUCAAUCUGCCAACUGAGUUCAAUGACAUAUAUGUUUCUCUCAAAUAACAGACUCAACGGCGCCAUCCCAGGAUGCUUGGGAAAUUUAAGUAAUAUCUCUAGUUUGGAUUUGAGCCACAAUCUGUUACAAGGUCCAUUGCCGCGAUCUUUAGCAAACUGUACAAGCUUGUGGAGUUUUAGUGUCGGUUACAAUGGAAUACAUGACACUUUCCCACACUGGUUGUUGAAUGCUACCCAAAGCAGCUUGUAUUAUGCAGAUUUGCAGUCGAACGAGUUUCAUGGGGUCAUUAAUGAAAUUUCCCUCCCUCCUCAGCUUGUAUACUUAAUCCUCUCCAACAACCACUUUUCUGGACAGUUGCGAAUAAGCUUUUUCCAAAAUUCAUUGGUUGGCUUCAUUGACAUAGCCAAUAAUGAUUUUGACGGCCCACUUCCGAUUCCACCACCCAGCCUUUGGUACUUUUCCAUUGCAAACAAUAAGUUUAGUGGAGAAAUUUCUCAUCAUCUCUGCGACGCCACUCUGCUAGACAUGGUCAACCUCUCCAAUAAUAGCUUGAACGGCUCCAUUCCUCACUGUUUCAUAAAUUUAAAUGCAUCAGCGUUGGACCUCCGAACAAAUAAGCUUGUUGGUCAUAUACCAGAUAUAUUUGCUCCUGAAAACAAAUUGAGGACAAUUCGGCUGAGUCAAAAUCGAUUUGGAGGUGCACUACCGCAAUCUUUGGCGAAUUGCAAGAAUUUGGAAGUUUUGGAUGUCAGCGAAAAUGAGUUGGAGGGCCGCUUCCCUUAUUGGUUGGACACUCUCCCAAAUAUACAAGUAUUUGUUCUAAGAUCCAACAAGUUUCAUGGUCCAUUGGACAGUUCCAAAAGAACUAAUCUUUCCUUCCCACAUCUGCGCAUUUUCGACAUAUCCAACAAUAGCUUUCAUGGUCCAUUGCCGGUUAGAUACUUCGCCAAUCUAAAAGCCAUGAAGGAUGCAGCGAUAAACAGGUCCCAAUACACGUGGAUGAACUACAGUCAGAAAAGUUUAACCUAUCAAGAUUCCGUUACGGUGGUCAUGAAAGGAUUUGCCAUUGAGUUGGUGAGAAUUCUAUCAGUGUUUACGGCCAUCGACUUGUCAAGGAACUUCUUCGGAGGAGAUAUCCCAGAAUUAAUAGGAGAUCUGAAGGCACUCAAGGGACUCAACCUUUCUCACAACAAUUUGACCGGCAUAAUCCCUUCUUCUGUGGGGAACCUGACGAAUCUUGAGUGGCUGGACCUCUCCUCGAACAAGCUCAACGGGGAGAUCCCUAGAGGAUUGGCGGAUCUUACGGUGCUCUCCUGGUUGAAUCUCUCAGAUAACCAGCUUGAGGGACUGAUUCCUCAAAGCAGGCAAUUUGACACAUUCAACCACCCCUUUGACGGGAAUCCUAGAUUGUGUGGGUAUCCCUUGCCAAAAGCAUGUGGGACCAAUGACCAACCACCGCCUUCGACUUCUCCAGGAGAACGAGAAGAGGAGGCUGGAUCCGGACAUUGGAUUGAAUGGAGGGCAGUGCCAAUGGGCUACGGAUGCGGGCUUGUACUUGGGAUAUCAGCAUGGUUCAUUAUGUGGGAAACCCUGAGACCAAGAUGGUUGGUGAGAAUGAUUGAGAGGUUAAUAUACAGAAUGACAAAGAGGAAAAUGAGAAACGUUGCUCCGAGAAAUCGCCUGAGGAGGAACCCCAGAGGCCAGUGAGAAGGGGGGACAAGGCAAAUUAUGGUACUUGGAGUCUUCCAUAUCAACAGAGUGAAAUCGCAAAAGUUAUUUUCCUGUAGCAUUUUCUUUUUCUUUGGUUUGAAGUAGAAGGGCAACAAUAAUGUGUGUUCUUAGCCGUUGUCUUAGUCAUGAUAUGUAAUAUCCCUUUUGUCAACAAUAUACUGAAAGUCUGAUUCCAAUCAAAGCCAUUUAACAAACUGAAAAUUACAGCCUCAAUGUCCUACAAGUUCAUAAGCUGUUCAGGGAGAG